CGAGGGUUCAUUCGUGGCUCAGAAAGCCGAGGAAGAAGAGCGCAAAGUGGCAGGGUUUUCUCGGUUUUGCAUCGUUUUUCUUUUCUCGCUUUGGAACUGGCCUCGCAACCAAAUUGGUGAUCCCACUGUGUUUCAGGAUGAUGGUAGCGAAGAAUCUUAUGCAGGGAAGCAUGUAAGACGAAAGUAUUAUUCAUUUGAUUCAUCAAACCACAGGCGGAAACAGGGGAAAAGGAUUCACGAACGAACACCACGUUCCUAUUUGCAGAGCUUGUGAACAAAUCAAGCACUCAAACAAACUGCGUGGCGCUGCUUUGGCUCUCAGCUGUCUAGGACCCUAGGACUUCAGAGCUUUCAAGUCUUGAUUCGCUUCAGAAGAUCUCUAGCUGCCAUGGCAUUUUUGAAAGCCGUUCUCCUGGCAAGCUUCCUUGCGCCGGCAACGGCCUGGUAUCGCUAUGCUCAGAUGGUGACCGGUGAUGUGGUGAAAGAAGCUGGCAACUUGACCAUGGGCGGCAAGGUGGGGACCUACACCGUGCUGAUUCAGGUCCUGAACACCCUGGCGGGCGACCUGAAGUUGCUCACAGAAUGCUGCGGAGAUGCGCGGCCACUUGCUCAAGAAAUCACCAACAAGGUGAAUCUCAACGAGUACGAGGGGAACACUGAGGCCCAGAUCAAGAAGGAGUACUUCGGAGAGGGCAAGUGCAACGAGGUGGGCCUCGCGGGGCUGCUGGCCACGGGCAAUCCUCAGUGCAACUACGUCUACAGCUUUGCAAACAAGCAUUGGCCGGAAUACGAGGACUCCGCGAUGUGCGUUCCUUCAGACGUGUGCUCUUUGGACGUGGCCGGUGCCACCAAGGGCACCAAAGUUGGCUAUACCAUGGUGCUGCAAAUCCUGAACCGCAAUAUGGGCGAUUUGCAAUAUGCGGGUGAAGGACCUUUGGAUGCUUGCUACCAGGGGAUGAACAUGGCGAACGAGGCCAACUUCUCCUUCAAAUCCACUGAGACCAUCCAUGCUGACGUCAUGGGCUUGAAGAUUCCCAUUGGGCAAACAGAGAAGCUCUCCUUCAUCGGCUUGAAGCAAUUGGACCCUCUGCAGAUGUUGGGCACCUGCGCGGACAAAGCCGACACCGGUGUGCUCUAUGUGUUCAAGAACAAGUUCUACAACAAAGACCAGCGCGCUGUGAACAUCAGCAGCUUUGACUAUAAGUUGGCCAUGAAGAAGAUGAGAGAGGAAGAGAAGAAGAAGAAGCAGGAGGAGCGAGCUGCCAUGCAGGAGCAAAGGAAGUACGACAGGGAGAUCGCCAAGGCUGCAAAGGCAGCUGAGGCCAAGAUCAAGGAGGCCGAGAAAGAGGGCAAAGCGAAGGCUGAGGAGGUGACUGAAGAGGUGGAGAAAGAGUUGGCCAAGCUGGAGGGUCAGGCCAUGGACGCCGUGCGCAAGAUCAAGGAGGGUGACGAGGACAAGGCUGAAGCCGAAGCCGAGGACCCCUACGCCAAGGUCAAGAAAAACGUCAAGGUGACCAACAAAAUGAAGAAGGACAAGGUGAAGAUCGGCAAAGACGACUCCGCGGAGGACGUGCAGAAGGCCCUGACGAGCGCAGCAGACAAGGCGGAGGAGGCCGUGGAGGAGGCCAAGAAGAAGGCCGAGGCAGCCAAGGAUGAUGCGGUGAAGGCAGCUGACCAGGCCGUCCAGAAGGCCACGAAGGAUGCGGCCGCCACGGCAAAAAAGGCCAAAAAGAGUGCUCAAGCAGCGGCAGAAAAGGCGGAGGAGUCGGUGGAGAAGAUUCAGAAGCGACGCCUGGACAGCAUUAUGAUCUAAGAGUGGCGCGCCCUCUGCGCGUGUGAGAACCUGUUAGCCUGUUGAUAGAGACACCUGCAGGGAGAAGCUUUGAU